AGGGGUUUGUGAGUUGAAAGGUCAAGGGGAGGAGUUACAUAUGGAAGUAGAAGCUACGUGUGCUUAACCAGAGCGUAUGUUCACUCAAACUGGAGCAUUGCUAACCAAUCGUCGACUUGAUCCCAAGAAAAACAGCAAAAAUGGUCUUGUUAGAAAACGACUCGUUUCUCACAGAGCUGACGCGACUGUUUCAGAAAUGCAGAACAAGCGGCAGUGUGGUCAUCACUUUAAAGAAAUAUGAUGGUCGAACGAAACCUGCCCCAAGGAAAGGUCACCUGGAGACGUUUGAUCCUGCCGACAACAAAUGCCUCCUCAGAGCCUCAGAUGGCAAGAGAAAGAUAAGCACAGUGGUCAACACCAAAGAGGUUAUCAAGUUUCAGAUGGCUUACUCCAAUCUGUUGCGAGCGCACAUCGACGGGCUGAAGAAGAAGGACAAGAAGAGCAAAAGCAAGAAGACCAAAGCCACGCAGUGAGGGAGCCAUAGACUGUUACAUCACAUGCUGGUGGACCCACCAGUGCCAUUUUGUUUUUUUUCAAGGGGAUCCAACGUCCACCUGUCUCCUCCCUCCCUCUGGAUUCAGCAUGUACCACCCUCCUCUUCCUCGUCACGUGAUUAAGCAAGACCCAGCCACAGGUCCAUCCCACCAUUGGCUGAAAUGAUUUGUGUUGAGGAUUAAAACUCCUUAUAAUCAAGGCAGGCCUUGAGAAGACAAGGGAUGUCUGACUUUACACACCCCCCUUUUCACCAGUCUCCUCUGUAGGCUUCAGGUCCACAAAAGACGGGACACUUGCCUCCAUUUUGGUGGAGGCCUACUGGACUUUCAGAGCUGUGGCAUUCAUGAGCGGAGUAAAGCCUGAAGAGAUGUGGAGGAAGAGGAGAUGAGAAACCUACAGCAUUCAUUGGAGGAGAGGUGCCAUAAUUAUAUGGGGAGGGUGGGGUCGGUGGAUGUUCUUUUUGAUCGCAACAUCAGAGUAUUUUCAAAAAAUGUUUUUAAUUUAAAAGGAUUGUUUGUUUCUUUUUUUUUUUUGCGGCAGCAACAUAUUUCUGUGUGCAGGCUAAUUCUGCCCGCUGUUUGUCUUUUUAUUUUUAAAUCAAGAAUAGGACUCAGAAUUAAGUGGCAUGUGAAUGGAUGAGUGAGGGGCGUGUUUUUCUUCUUCUUUUUUUUUGGUUGGUUUAUUUGUUUGUUUGUUAGUUUGUAAUACCCCCAUGUUUUUCUUUUAUCACAUUUUAAAGCCCAGACAGUGAAGAUGCAGUGGUACAGUUAUUCAGGAGGGUUCCCUCCUUCAGUAUAGACAUGUGCCUUUCAUUCCUCACCUACUUGCUAACACCACAUGCUUUCUGACAAAGAGAAAUAAUCAUCGGACUGUAGCCACUGAAAGAAGCAAAUGUACGGAACAAACAAGAAACGGUAGACAUCAGAAUUCACCAUUGUUCAUGUCUCAUAUCAUAGCAAUAUGCGUUUGUCGGAUAUGAUUUUGUUUUAAUAAGCAAUGCAACUCAAGAACUCAUCUGUAGUCCCAAAAUUAAAUUUUGUUGAAACUGAAAAAAAUGGCAGUGGCCUAAACUUUUUUUUUUUUUUAAGUAAGGCUUUGAAAUAUGUGUUGCCCUUCAAACAGGGUCUUAAUAAAAUUCUGUGUAUUAAUAUAAUGAAGCCACACGUAGUUAGCUAACAAUUCAGGGUCCAUGAGGGACGAAUAAGUUUGUCUUUUGGUUCAUGUGAAAAAUGUAAAGUAAGUAAGAAAGAAAUAGCCAAAAAACGUAAAGAAAUAAAUACAGUAUAUACACAUCUA